AUGGCCAUCUGGGAUGAACAAUUUGUGGAGGCUGUUUCGUUUGCUCAGAGUGGGAUUCAACGGCAGAAGGCGUGGGCGACGCAGCAUGUUAAGGUUAAGAGUCCGCAGACACUGCUGGUGCCGAUGGUGAAGCAGGGGGAUCUGCAUAUGCCGGAAUCGAGUAUUGCCGGGCAGAUUCGUGAGCGGACGAAGUAA